AUGAUGUUCCACGGGCCCAGCCAGAAGCAGAAAAAGGAACACGGGUGGUUCCUAGUCAGUGAUAAACGAGCAGUGCUGUAUCUUUAUAAGAAAUGGCCAGCGCCGUCCAUAGAUACCCGCUACACAAGAGAAGUUACAGAUAGCGAACUAACAUAUCGCCCAACAAGCCCCAGACUGAAUUAUCACCUUCACGGUGAAGAGCCUUCAUUGAUGUCCUACUGCGGCGGAGACGGAGUCUGCAUCAGCAGCACUGCCUGCGACUGGGAUCUCAUAGUGCAGGACGAUGCGGACUGCAUAAAAGAACAUAAGGACUUCGUUUGUUGCACCGCGACCACCGUACAUGUGCCAGAAAACGUAUUUAAAGCCUACGAUUGGUGGUCAUAA